GGAGGGAGGAAGGGAGGGCGGGGCUGGUCACCAUGGUAACAGAGGCCUAGUCGCCUCUGUCGAGGCCUGCACAUUCGUAUCAUAGGGCCUCCGCAUCCAUUCACAAUGCCAGUCCCACAGAGAAGGACUGGUUGCCAAGGCAACGGCGGCCUAGAUUCCUCCACCGGAGCCGGCGCUUUCCGAUGGGGUCGAAGCUUAAUUUCAUUUAGCCGACCCCGCGUGAGGGGAGAGAGACCAGGCUGGGAAGGGGGGGGGGAUCGGUCACCAUGACAACAUAGGGCCUAGGUCCCUCCGCGGCCUGCGCCAUACUUAGAACAGUGGAGCUUCUCUAAGACCCAGCAGUGAACAGGGAAUGAACUGGCGAUUACAUUUCAGAGUCUCAGUAGCAAAGCAUGUACUUCGUGCUGCAAGUUUUGAGAGGUUAAUGGGUUGGAGGUAUUUCUGGAUAUGUGCUCAGCAGUCCCAUUACAAGAACUCCUUUAGUUCUAUAGCACACAAAAAUAUGACCCUCAUUUCAUUAAGACCAAACUUUUCUCCUCCAAAUGGACAUGUCUUACUGCAGAGGAUUCCAGGAGAUAACAUUAGCAAAAUGUCAAGCAUGUUUGAAGACAGGAUCCAAGGAGUCCGGCACUUUUCCCUAUCCACUUCUCCAAUGCUGUUUUUUGGAGCUGGCAAAGGGGGAGACAACAGUGGAAAAGAGAAGCUCACCCUGAAAGAUGUGACAGAAUUAAUUUGGAAGAAAGAAUGCCACAGAAUAGUGGUAAUGGUCGGAGCAGGGCUCAGCACUCCCAGUGGCAUCCCGGAUUUCAGGUCCCCUGGGAGUGGGCUAUAUAGUAAUCUCCAGCAGUAUAAUAUUCCAUAUCCAGAAGCCAUCUUUGAACUUAACUACUUUUUUCACAAUCCUAAGCCUUUCUUCUUGUUAAGUAAGGAAUUGUAUCCAGGCAAUUACAGGCCUAAUUAUGCCCACUACUUCCUCCGUCUUUUGUAUGACAAAGGGAUUCUGCUGCGCUUAUACACCCAAAACAUUGAUGGACUGGAAAGAGUUGCAGGAAUUCCUCCAGAUAAACUAGUUGAGGCUCAUGGCACAUAUGCUACAGCAACAUGUACAGUCUGUCGAAGAUCAUAUCCUGGUGAGGAUUUCAGGGGGGAUGUGAUGGCAGAGAAGAUCCCCAAAUGCCCCGUCUGCACUGGAAUAAUCAAGCCAGACAUAGUGUUCUUUGGGGAAGAGCUCCCUCAUCGGUUCUUCUUGCAUGUGACCGAUUUCCCUAUGGCAGACCUGCUAUUUAUUAUUGGAACCUCUCUUGAGGUGGAACCCUUUGCUAGUCUGGCAGGCACAGUCCAUGCUUCAGUUCCCCGUGUGCUCAUCAAUCGGGACUUGGUGGGGCCAUUUGCAUAUCAGCCACAACAUAAUGACGUGGCUGAACUGGGGGAUGUCAUUAGUGGAGUGGAAAGAGUGGUGGAACUCUUAGGCUGGAAGGCAGAGUUGCAAGAACUGAUGAAAAAAGAAAAAGAAAAGCUGGAUGUAAAAGACAAAUAGAAAUUCUGACUUCUGCUGCUGCUGAAAGUGUUGUAUACCUCCUAAAGGAAUGAGUUUCACCACAGCUGAAGGUUACAGUGAUGAGCAGGUGUCUGGAGGAAAUGUUCCUGCCACUUUUAAUAGAAACUAAUUGAUCAGAAGAAAUAAGAAUUAUUUGGAGAACUAGCUGAACUAGUUCAAGGCAUCAACUAAGAACCUUUUCUAAAGACACUUGGAAAAUGAUGAUUGAGAUUACAGAACUGACUUCUACAAAAGGAGACUUAGAUGAGGAGAGAAGGUUCAACAUAGAAGCUACCUCACAGUAAAGUUCACCUCAUAGAUUUUUGUCUUUCGUUUAGACAUUUUCUGUUUGGAUUCUUGGAGUGCUUGAUACAGCAUGACAGAUAGUUUCAAUUGUUGCCUUAACUGGAUUUGCCUUUUAUCACUUGGUCUGGCUAAAUGUCUAACAUCCUGUGUGCUUGUGGUAGCAUGCAGGUGAAGUCAAAUGGCACUCCAGUUUUCAUUAGAAGUGAUGGAAGUCUACUGAAUCUCAUCUGCUGCUGUAGUUCCUAUGAAGAUCAGUCUGGAAACAAUGUGGAAAUAAUGUGAUCUAUAUUAAUUUGCAGUGCAUACUUUGUUACAUGCAGAUACAUUGAUAAUUGUACAUUGACAUUUUUAAUGAGAAAUAGCACACAAAGAAUGUUAUAACUGCUGUCUAAAUUGGAAUAAACUUUCAUGAAGUUGCUUUGUGAAUUAGGAAAAAUAUUCAUCCAAACAGCAGUAAUUAUUACUCCGAAUAAAAGCACCUUUCAAU